CUUGAUGAGCAGAGCAGUUGAUGCUGUGGCAGAGACAUGGAGCGUUACGCCGGUCGCGUUGCCCUAGUUACUGGCGCCAGCUCGGGCAUCGGCGCCGCCAUAGUGCAGGCACUGUUGCGCCGGGGAAUCACCGUGGUCGGACUCGCUAGGAGGGUCGACAGAAUCAAGGCCCUGGAAAUCAAAGGUGCACCUGGGAAACUGUAUGCUGUAGGAGGUGAUGUAAGACAAGAAGAAGAUAUUCUGAAAGCUUUUAAAUGGAUAAAUGAGAAUGUUGGUGGAGUUGAUAUAUUAAUUAAUAAUGCUGGAGUUUUAGGAUACUCAGAUCUCACAGUGGCACCCUCAGAGGAAUGGAAGAAGAUUUUGGAAAUUAAUGUCAUGGGGUUAAGCAUAUGUACAAGAGAAGCUGUACAAGGAAUGCUGAAGAGGGGAGUGGAUGAUGGUUUUAUUGUACACAUUAGCAGUAUUGCUGGCAUUUUGCCUCCAAGUUCCUCAAGUAUAAGCAUGUAUGCUGCCAGCAAGCAUGCAGUUCAGGUAUUGACAGAGGGACUCAGAAAGGAUUUGCUUGAGAAGAAAUCUGGAAUCAGGGUUACGGCAAUAUGUCCAGGCCUAGUGAAGACUGAAAUCAUGGAUAACAGCAAGGAAAUUGAUAAGGACAAAGUUUUUUCCCAGCUUCCCUAUCUGGAGCCAGAACAUAUCGCUAAUGCUGUGGUGUAUGUCCUUUCACAGCCUCCAAUUGUGAACGUGCCGCAGCUUGUAAUUCAGCCUGUGGGACAAAGAAGAAUAAGUGAUGUAUAAAGUAUUCAAAAGCUGUAAAAUAUAUGCUAAAAAAUAAAUUAAGAACCAAUAAGAGGCACAGAGUUACUGAAUUUUGAAUUUGUAAUAGAACAUUUAGAAUUAAAAGAUGCUGUUUUCAUGGUGCUGAAGUAUCAUAGAUUUUAUAUGUGAAAUGUAUUAAAUCUAAUUAUAGUCACUUAUUCAAA